AUGGCUACCAAACAGAAGAAUAUAUUUACCCGAAGUAAACCUUUAUUAAACAUAUAUAGUGAUGUAGAUCAAGAAGGAAAAAAGGUUGAAGUACGAGAGGAUGCUGAACAACUUGUUAAAUGGCAUGAAAUAUCUGAUGCCCUUGUAGCUGCUGGAUACUACAGGGCACAACUUCAAGGCUUAUCUGCAUUUGAUAAAAUAGUGGGUGGUUUAAGUUGGUGUAUUGAAUUAUGUGACAUUGAUGUGGAUAUAAGUUUAUUAUUUGAAGAGAAUCUCACGAUUGGGAAAAAAAUAGCUUUAACAGAAAAAAUUGUGAAAGUCCUGCCAAGCAUGAAGUGUCCUUAUAUUAUAGAACCUCAUCAAAUACAAGGGCUUGAUUUUAUCAAAAUAUAUCCUUUAAUACAGUGGCUAAUUAAAUACUCCAGUGAAUUCAGAGAAGCUAAAGAAGAUGAAUUGCGCAAGUUUGCAGUAAUGCAGUAUGAGAAAGAUCAUAUUUUUGAAUUAGACCGUGUUUAUUUUACACAGAAUGAGAAAAUGCUAAAGAAUCUUAUAGAAGUCCAGAACCUAUAUAAGCCUUGUAGGGUGAGAAAAAGAAAAGGAGGCCUUCCCACUAAUGAGUUGGAGCAAGUAAAUUCAGUUCUGUCUGAAUAUGACCAACGUAUGCUAAUGCACAUUUCUAAUAAUAAGGAUGAAUCAAAACAAGAUGAAGGUCUGGACUUCCUGUAUGAUUAUGAGAAAAACCUGGCUGACCCAUCAGAUAUAACUACAGAAACAGAAAGAUAUACAAAUAAUAUGGAAAACAUAGACACUGCCAAUACAAAGAUACAUUAUGCCAUUUUACAUUCAGAGCUUACUGGUGAUAUUCCAAAAGAAUUAGAAGAGAGAGAAAAGGUAAAAUAUUCUGAAGAUAUCAAUAAAUUAAGUCAAGUGAUAGAGACUAUGGAAAAAGAUAUAGAUGAAGUAAGAAAAGAACAUGAGCAUAGAAUGGAAAAUGCAAAGACAAAAUAUACAGAUGUAGUUAAUAAAUUGCAAAAAAUCACAAGGAAAUUAAUGAAAACAGAUGAUUAUAGUGAUAAAAAUGUUAAAGAUUUUUAUAAAUCAUUGAAAGAGUUAGCAAGAGAAAGAAAUGAGCUUAUCAAAGUCAUUCAACAUAGAGAGAUGGAACAUAAAAAACUUGAAGAGGAAUUAAGAACGGCACAAGAACCGAAAGCAGCAGUCGAUGAACAGCCAUUAACUCCAGCUGAACUAAAAGAGUUCCAGGAGAGAGAGAAGAAGUUAAAAGAGUUUAUAAGCGGUGUAAGAGUGGAGUUGGGACAUUUGAACCGGCAAGUGUUGAGGUACUCAGUGGCGAUAGACGAAGUGCCCGGCACCGCCGAACUGUUGCAGUACGAAAAGAGAUUCGUAGAACUCUACAAUCAAGUGGCGUCAAAGCACAAGGAAACCAAACAGUAUUAUAUAUUUUACAACACUCUCUAUGAAGUGAAACUUUAUACCUCUAAAGAACUAAGUCUACUGAAUUCUAUACUAGAUAAUUACGAAGAAGUAAUGUCUUCAGCAAGAAAAAGAGAGGAAUUUAUGACUCAAUUCGAGUCAAUAGUGGAGUGGGUGAACCAGACAGUGCGAAAAGUCGAGCAGAAGUUUAAAACUGAAAAAGAACGCAAGGCAGCUUUACACGCGGAAUAUUCUAGAUUAAUGGAAGUGCAGAGGCAGUAUGCGGCUGCGUUAAAGAAGUUAUCUGAGAAACAUAAGUUUGGAAGAAAUGAUGUUCAA